AUGGGGGCAGCGGCACACCGGGAUGAGCGGGGAAGCGAGGUACCGACAUCCCGGGAUGAGCAGGGAGCCCCUGUGCCAGCACCCACAUCCUGGGAUGCUGGUGGGACCCGGGGUACAGGGACACUCCUGGUCCUUCUGCAGGCGGGUGUAGGAGAGUCUCUCUCCCGGAAGCCUUCCCCCCACGGGGGCUGCAUCCCCUCCUCCCCCGGGAGCAGGGCAGGGCGCGGGGGUCCCCUCUGGAGAGCUGUGCACCCACUGCAUGGGACCUGGGAGCAGAGGCUGGCACAGGGCAGGACAUCAUCUGCAGCAGGCGCUGGGCUGCCCGCUCGCAGUAGAAAGCCGAGCUAUUGGUAAUCACCCCCUCCUGCGCCCCGAGACAGGCAGGGAGUCCCCCCGUCAUCUGCAUCCCCAGCCCUGGGCAUUUUGGUGGCCCCUCAGCGUGCAGCAGCAGCUUACGCUCUGCCUGCAGGGAGCAGCCGGCAGUGGGAAUCCCCCCUUCUAUGCUCCCCGCUGCCCGCCUGGCAAACCCCCCCACCAAGGAAGGGCUUGGUCCUGAGCAUCUUCAAGGGUGAUGGGGAGGGGGUCUGCAGGGGCACUUUUGGAUGACCAGAAAGCAGGUGUCUCCCCAGUCCUGCCCCAGCAUAUGGCUGAUGGGGACACCAUCCUGCAGGAGCUGGGAGGUCACCCAGCCCCACUCCCCCCCAAGGUACCCAGCAGGGGACCCCCAGCCCUACCCCAGCCCCAUGGGCAUCCCAUGCAGGACUUCCUCCAGCGGUUUGCAGCCACCAGCCCUGCACACCUGGGACGUGCAGGGUCACAAGCCUGGGGUGACGGGGCAUUUAGGACUGGGCUACAGGCAAAGGAUGAGGGGUUUCCUCCUUCUCUAAGCAUUUCUAAUGGCUCCUUUGAGACAAACCACACGACUCCCUGCUGGGAAGCCUCGCUGAGCUAACACACAAGGGGAAACAAAGCAAGCAGAUUUAUUGUUUUGACACUUCUUCCACUGAAAUUCUCCCUAAAACUGACACCUUCUGUGAAAACACUUUGAUUUGGGCAAAACUGCCUUUGCUGCUGGGAAGGCUGCACCAUCGAAGGACUUUUUGACCAGGUCUAAUUAGCAACGUAGGUAGUCGGGCUACAAAGCUCUUUGGCAGAAUCACCGCGGCAGCGACUUGAUGAGCACGGGGCAGCGUGAGAUCUGGUUUUUCCACAGGGGAGGCUCUUUGGGGGAUAACUCCUCUCUCCAGUGACUAAUUACCUGUUUGAACAAGGAAAGCCCCACGGAUGAGGUGCCAGAGGUGCAGUAAACAGCCUUCCGCAGGGCGUUAGCAAAGGGAGGAGCUUGAAGAGGGUAAAAGAAAAGCAAGGGAAAGUUCGACCUGCAAAAAUCAUUGGCUUUUCCCCCCCCUUGCAUGCCACUGAAGAACAACUGCCCAAAGCUGUUCCUCUCCCCGGGCCUCCCUUUUCAACAUGUGAGCAUCCCUCCUCACUGCCCAGGGUGCUUCUGGCCCUCUCCCCCACAGGAGCACCCGGAGCAGGGGGAGCCCUGCGUCCCCUCCAGCCCUGCUCUGUCUCGCCCGCAGGUGGAACCAGCUCCUGCUCUGCUGAUCAUGGUCAACAAGACCUUAAAUUACUGGGGUCCCGGUUUUGAGGAGGACGUUAUCAACAUCAACGUGGGGGGUCUGAGAAGGCGGCUCAGCUCCAGCGCCCUCUCCAAGUUCCCAGACACUCGCCUGGGACGCCUGCUCUCCUGCGACUCGGAGGAGUCCAUCCUGCAGCUCUGCGAUGACUACGAUGUGAGCGCCAGGGAGUUCUACUUCGACCGAAAUCCUGGCUUCUUCCUCUACGUGCUCCAUUUCUACCAGACGGGGAAGCUGCACGUCAUGGAGGAGCUGUGCGUCUUCUCCUUCUGCCAGGAGAUCGAGUACUGGGGCAUCAAUGAGUUCUUCCUGGACUCCUGCUGCAGCUACCGCUACCACGAGCGCAAGCUGGAGAGCCGGCACCACAACUGGGACGAGGAGAGCGAAGUCAGCAGUGUGGACACAUCCCCCGAUGAGAUCUCCGACAUCAACCACGACCUGCUGCACUACAGCACGCUGCGCUGCGGCAACCUGCGCAAACGCCUCUGGCUCACCAUGGAGAACCCUGGCUACUCCAUCCCCAGCAAACUCUUCAGCUUCGUGUCCAUCAGCGUGGUGCUGGUUUCCAUAGCCACCAUGUGCAUCCACAGCAUGCCCGAGUACCAGGAGGUGGAUGAGAACGGCAACGUGCUCGAUGAACCCGUGCUGCACAAGCUGGAGUAUUUCUGCAUCUCCUGGUUCACCUUCGAAGUGUCUUCUCGCCUCCUGCUCUCCCCCAACCCCAGGAAGUUCUUCAAGCACCCGCUGAACCUAAUUGACAUUGUCUCGGUGCUGCCCUUCUACUUCACCCUUUUGGUGGACGUGACCAUGGGCAGUGACUCAGAGCUGGGCAACCUGGGCAAAGUCGUGCAGGUGUUUCGGCUCAUGAGAAUAUUCCGAGUGCUGAAGCUGGCUCGGCACUCCACCGGACUGAGGUCGCUGGGGGCCACCUUGAAGCACAGCUACCGGGAGGUGGGGAUCCUGCUGCUCUACCUGGCCGUGGGGGUCUCCGUCUUCUCCGGUGUGGCGUACACUGCCGAAAAGGAGGAAGACGUUGGCUUCGACACCAUCCCGGCGUGCUGGUGGUGGGGCACAGUCAGCAUGACCACUGUGGGCUACGGCGACGUGGUACCUGUCACCGUGGCAGGCAAGCUGGCCGCCUCGGGCUGCAUCCUGGGGGGCAUCCUGGUCGUGGCGCUGCCCAUCACCAUCAUCUUCAACAAGUUCUCCCACUUCUACCGCAAACAGAAGGCGCUGGAGGCGGCUGUGAGGAACAGCGGGAAGAAAGACCCCGAGGACGUGGAGAGCACCUCCAGCCACGACCGAGACUCGGACGCUCUGAGCGAGACCUCCCUGGGCAGAGGCAGCCCCGACCGCCGCGGUCUGACCCCCGGUGCCCACCCCACCCCCUGACCCCACCACGCUGCAGCACCAGGGCCCAUGCGGGACCUGCUUGCUCACCGCAAGCAUGGCAUGGCUGUUGCACCGGGACACAGCGGAGGAGCCAGGCUCUCCCCGUCUCGCACCACGCCUGGUGUCCCCCCUGCCCUGCAAUGGACAGGAGGGGCUGGAGGAGAUGCCCAGUGGGUGCCACAGCCCCCGGGAUGCAGCAGCCAGGUCUGUCUGAACGUGUCUCAGCCUUCAUCCAGCGACAGCCCUGCUCCCCCGUGGCUGCAAGUGGAGGCUGCAGCGCUGGACAUAGCCCUGCCAGCAAGGGAGUGAGAAAAAGAGAAAUACAGGUGACCCUGGAUCAGGCACCAUCCUGGCUGUGUGAAGGGGAACGCUCCUCUGCCCUCAGGCUUUGUGUUGUCCAGGGUAAGGUUAAAUAGCGUGAGGGUGACAGCCCCUGCCCAGGCUGGCUGCCCUUGAGGGUCCUGUGCCAGCUUGGCAUCAACGCCAGCCCCAACCUCGUCCUACCUCCAGCAGGAAACAGCCUCGAAAGGCUCAGCUGCCCCACCGGCCAGGGGGGAAAGGGGGUUGGAAAGGAGUCUGUAUGGGAGGAGAUGUGGUGUCCAGCUCAGGGUGAGCCCCACUGUCCCCAGCCCCAGCAAUGGGACCGACUGGACCUCACCUUCCUUCCAUUGCAAUUGGGCUGGAACUGCUCUCCUGUGCUGCCCCCACUGGGACUGGGUCUGGGGGCUGUGCUGGGAGCGUGGCACGGCCGGCAGCACUGUCCAUGCAGGGGGGUCACCCACUGGGAGUGACCGGGCAAAAGGGACGCUGUGCUCCGAGGCAGGACCAGCCAGAGGGGAUCAAGCUGGGAGAACUGAGGGGUCACCCCCGGUGGGGCUCUUCCCCCCAAGCCCUUUGCUGCAUGGUGCUCCCACGCCGCGGGGUAUGUGUUUUGGAGGAGCGGCUGCUCUCUGUGGCUGCUGGCUCCCAGCCCCUGGGGCAGAGAGGAGGCAGAGUCCCUGCCAAGGGCUGUCAGGAAGCAAACGUGGGGGUACGCUCCUGGGCACGGAGAAGCUGCCUCAGCCAUUGUCGUACGCUCGUGAUUUGCACUGUGGGAAGAGCUGCCAGGGAGCCCAGGGGUUGCAGCAGCCCGUGAUGGGGUGGAGGAGAUGACCAAAGCCAUGUGCUUUGCAGGAUUCGGCAUGUGCCUUGGUCCCCCUGGCCACAACCCCCAGCCUGGCUUCGCUCUGCUGCUUCAUCCCUGCCUGCCUUGGGGCCAGCCAGGAGCGCUGUAAGGAGGGGGUCACACUGCCCCGGGCAUCACCUCCGUCCCUGCAGGGAGCUGAGCUCCCCGGGUGCUGAUGCACACACCUUCCCUCCGCAGGGAGGGAGCACCCCCCAUGUCUGUGGGAGAGCCAGGGCAGAGGGGACCUUGCACUGCUCCUUGUCACCGCAGCCUCUGAGCAGCUCACCGCCGGGCAGGGAGGUCCAUCUGAGACCCAGGGCCCCCUUUCCGCCCGGAUCCCCAGCUGAGCACAUUCGGGGCUGCUCCCAGCACAGCAUUAAUUCCCCACGGAGUUUUUCCUUGACCCCCUGGUUCUCUGUUUGGAAGUUGUGCAGCUCCUUUGUGCACAGAGGAAUACACCCAGCAAUGCCUGUUCCAGGCAGGAGAAACGUGCACCUAAUCACCUAAUCGGCUCAAAAAUAUGUUGCUGGCUGCAGGAUGGCCCCAGGCACCUGGAUGGUGGCGUUUGUCGCUGGUUGUCCUGGCUGGCUUUCGGCACAGCCCCAGUUGCUGGCUCUGCCUGUAGCAAUCUGCUGAUCACGGGGAACA